AUUUGAUGAUUGUAUGUUCACGAAGUUAAGUCUUUUUGGUCCUAUAAAUACCCACAAAAGAGUUCAUGUUUUUCCAACACCUCACCAAACACAUUAUUCUUCUUCAAACCUACAAUGCAGUGUUGCUACAACACCAAAACCAUUCCACAUAUUCAAAUGAGAGAUAUGAUAUGGUUAUUUGUGGUGGUGGCGACGGUGGUCGGAAGUAUGACCCAAGUUGAGGGUAGGAAUGUAAAAUUUAUAGAGGGGUCAUUAGAGUACACAGCAAUAAACUGCAGGAGUCAUAGUGCAUCAAUAACAGAUUUUGGAGGGGUUGGAGAUGGCAAAACACUAAAUACACGGGCCUUUCAGGAAGCCGUUAAUACUUUGAGCCAAUACGGCUCAGACGGCGGGGCUCAGCUCUAUGUGCCGGCUGGUCAAUGGUUGACCGGCAGCUUCAAUCUCACAAGCCAUUUUACACUCUUUCUUCACAAAGAUGCCACCAUCCUUGCUUCACAGGACAUAAACACAUGGCCAGUGAUUGACCCUCUGCCAUCAUAUGGUCACGGGAGAGAUGCAGCAGGGGGAAGGUACAUUAGCCUCAUAUUUGGCACCAAUCUCACUGACGUCAUCAUUACAGGUGAGAAUGGCACGAUCAACGGCCAAGGUUUACUUUGGUGGCAAAAAUUCCAUGGGAAAAAGUUAAAGUACACUCGGCCAUACCUGUUUGAGAUCUUGUAUUCGGAUACCAUUCAAGUCUCGAAUGUUACAUUCCUAAAUUCUCCGUCUUGGAAUGUUCAUCCCGUUUAUAGCAGCAACAUUCUUUUACAAGGAAUUACAAUUUUGGCUCCAAUUCAGUCUCCAAACACUGAUGGAAUUAACCCAGACUCUUGCUCAAACACGAGGAUAGAGGACUCUUAUAUCGUCUCUGGGGACGAUUGUGUGGCGGUUAAGAGCGGUUGGGAUGAGUACGGGAUAUCAUACGGUAUGCCGACACAACACUUGAUCAUCAAACGCCUGACAUGCAUCUCCCCUUACAGUGCAGCCAUUGCACUGGGAAGUGAAAUGUCAGGCGGGAUUCAGGACGUGAGGGCGGAGGAUAUCGUCGCCAUCAACACCGAAUCAGCGGUCCGGAUAAAAACAGGAGUGGGGCGUGGCGGAUUUGUCAAGGACAUUUUCGUAAAAGGCAUGACACUUCAUACCAUGAAAUGGGUGUUCUGGAUCACGGGAAACUAUGGGUCCCACGCUGACACUCACUGGGACCCAAAAGCAAUUCCCGUAAUCCAGAACAUAAACUAUAGGGACAUAGUGGCGGAAAAUGUUACAAUGGCGGCUCGACUGGAGGGAAUAUCCGGGGAUACUUUUACCGGGAUUUGUAUAUCGAACGCGACCAUUGGUAUGCGGGUCAAGGCUAAAAAGGUCCCGUGGACAUGUAGUGAUGUCGAAGGGGUGACUAGUGGUGUGGUUCCGAAGCCUUGUGACUUGUUGCCGGACCAAGGGCCAGAGAAGAUUGAAAUGUGCACUUUUCCGCAAGAAAAACUAGACAUAGAGAAUAUUGAGCUCAAGAAGUGUUCUUAUGUUAUGAGCUAAUUCUUGGAGUUGGUGUUUAUAUACUUGUAUUUCGUUUGAUGCAUUUUAAAGUCGCGUCUGGUGUUCAUUUCGCGACUAGAUUAUAGUUGGUUGUCAAAAUCAGGAAAAUUAUAAAGAUGCUUUGUAUCUUGUACGGUUGCCGUUUCUUUUAUCGAACAAGAAUUUGGUACGAACAAA